CCCCUUUCCCUCCCGCUCCGGCCUAGGCCGCCAUUUUGGCGCUGCGCUCUGGCGGACGGAGGAGCCGAGAGCGGCUGAGGCGAGCUUGGCGGGCAGGGCCUUGGAAGAGCCGGCCGCUCCUCCCGAGGGGCGAAGGGCGAGCGGGAUGCGCCGCCUGAGCUGAGCACGAGGCUCGCCCCUGCGCCCGCCUUCGCUUCCCCCGGGCCCCGCGGCCUGCCUGCCUGCCUCCCCUCCACCUUCCUUCCUUCCCUCCCUCGCCAUGUCUUCGUCGUCCUCGUCGGUGGCGUCGGCGGCGCGCUUCGACCCGUCGGACCGCUCGUCGUGGUACGCGGGCCCGCUGUCCCGGCAGGAGGCCCAGGGGCGCCUGCAGGGGCAGCGCCACGGGACCUUCCUGGUGCGGGACUCGGCCACCUGCCCCGGCGACUACGUCCUGUCCGUCUCGGAGAACUCGCGCGUCUCGCACUACAUCAUCAACUCGCUGCCCGGGAGGCGCUUCAAGAUCGGCGACCAGGAGUUCGAGCACCUGCCGGCCCUCCUCGACUUUUACAAGAUCCACUACCUGGACACCACCACCCUCAUCGAGCCCGCGCCCAGGUAUCCAGCUGCACUGAUGGGAUCUGGAUCAGCCCCCAUCAUGACUGCUGCAGAAGAUAACGUGGAAUACGUCCGGACUCUUUAUGACUUUGCUGGAAACGAUGCAGAGGAUCUGCCAUUUAAAAAGGGAGAGAUCCUGGUCAUUGUAGAGAAGCCUGAAGAACAGUGGUGGAGUGCCAGAAACAAAGAUGGCCGUGUUGGGAUGAUUCCUGUUCCUUAUGUUGAGAAGCUUGUCAGAUCUUCCCCACACGGAAACAGGAACAGGAAUUCCAACAGCUACGGGAUUCCUGAGCCUGCCCAUGCUUAUGCUCAGCCUCAGACGGCCAGCCCUCUUCCCAACAUAGCCAAUACGCCUGGGGCAGUCAUCACUCCCCUCCCAUCCACACAGAAUGGACCAGUCUUUGCCAAAGCAAUUCAAAAGAGAGUUCCAUGUGCUUACGACAAGACUGCCUUGGCGCUAGAGGUUGGUGACAUCGUGAAGGUCACAAGGAUGAAUAUCAAUGGUCAAUGGGAAGGUGAAGUUCAUGGUAGAAAAGGGCUCUUUCCUUUCACACACGUCAAAAUAAUUGACCCUCAGAAUCCUGAUGAAAGCGAAUGAUUCCUGUUGGCCCAUUUCUCUGUUGCUGCUUCAUUUCCCUGGCUAUCAUGAGCAUCAUCGGAAGUGCAAUGAUGACUGUUAAUGGCGCCUUGUAAGCAUUGUCCAUUUUUUCCAGCUUGCUGCAAUUUGACAGCCCUGUAGUAUCUGUUUGGAAUGCAUACAGCUGAAGUUGCUUGUGGGCCCUCGUGCGGCAAUGACGUCGUCCAAAACUUAAAAGUAGCACCUGGAAGGAUUUUGGACCUUGAGCUCCAGAAGAUUGGUGAUGUCACCCAGGCAGAAGAACAGAGGGUGGAACUUCAGCUGACCCGGCCAAGGUUUCUGUCCAUGGGCAACAUUCUACUCAGGAGGAGAAUUCUAAGCAACUUUGUCCAGAACCUACGUAAUUUUAUUUUUCCUUCCAGGGCAGGGAACACUUGAUUUGAGAGGAAAUAAUCUGUUUAAGCAGUUAGAAUAAUAGUGUCUUUAGGCUAUAAUUGAUGCUUGUGUAUUAUUAGCAAGACAGUUCUGUGAGUUUGUCGUUGACCUAGAAACAAGUUUGGAAUGGCGGCAAAAUGUCAUUUAAGGAAUUGCAUUGAGCAGGGUCUUCUAUUUAUAACCGUGACACAUAACUGGUCUGUUUUGCCAUACACUUGUCUAAAACUUUGCUGUUUUGUUUGCAAAACCAUGGCAGUUUUGUUGUUUUUUUAAGCUCAAUCUGACAGUCACUAGAUGCAAGAUUUUAAAAGAUAGACUUUCACAAGCUUGGUUGAAAUUGGCACUUUCUGCCUCUUUUAAAAAGCAAAACCACCAACCAUUGAUAAUCUCCAAUGGGAAUAUAGACAUAAUGAAAAGUUUUUACCAUUUAAACCUUUUAACUAUCCUGUGCCCUUCUGUACAAAUGUCUCUGUUAGAUUCUAACUAUCAUAACGAGGAAUGGUAAAUGCAGAAACCUGAAUGUGGGUUUUGUCAUUUGAAGAACUGACUCUCUAGAUGAUGGUUUUUAAAAGUUUAGUUGGCACGUGUUGUCUCUUGAGGAUUUUGGACUUCUGAGGAGCCUCAUGUUCAACUCAGUAUUAAAGUGCCUUAAUUUGGGAUGAAAGUUGCUGAAGGGGAUGCCAUUUCAGCUUUAAGGUCUGCAGAGAAGCAGUUCAGUUCACUGAUCCUUAAAACCCUGUAGUGACUGUUGAUGGUCUGAAGAAGCACGAUUUUACUGCCAAACAUACUGUGAAUUAGGCUAGCCUUGAUACUCCCAGAAAGCAUUUUCCCACCUUAGGUGCUAAGACCCUCCGUGAUGGACAGCAGCACAGUUGUCCUAGAGAAUAGCCAGGCAGGUGCCCCUCUUGAUCUGUCUUGAGUUACGGUGGAGUAGUACUACUGAGCUUUGUGUUUAGGAAUAUUUAAGCUGCAAUAAAUGUCAGUCUGCCAUAAUAAGAUAAUCCUACUACAUAGAGGCCCUCACUCUCCCGAGCUGUCCUUAAAUGACAGCUUAUAGAUAUAGACUGUGUGCAACUUCUGCCUUGAAAAGCUGCAGAAGCAGCACUUGUGUGUGCGUUUGUGCGUGUGUGUGUGCAUGAUGGGAUGCUUUUUAUUUACCCUGCUCUCAGCAGGCAGCGAGGAGUCUGAUGUCGGAGCCCAGGAGCUGUUGCUUCCUUGCCUCUCGUCAGACUCUUUGCUGCCUGGUAAACUAAUGUUAGGAUUGCAAAUAAGAAUCUCGGCACAUGAGUGUCUGUUAACCAGGACCACAAGCAAGACUAGCUGGUGGCUUCUGAGGCAGGUGAGAGCUUUGAAGUCCACCUGAAGCCAAAGAGUGGCUUCUGUCAUGGCUAACGAGUGCAGCUCAAGUGUAGCACACUAAGUUGAUUUUGAUGGUAAAACUUGCAUCAAAAUGUUUAUUUGCUAUUUUAUUAUGAUAAAAAUAUUUUCAUACUAAAAAAAACCCCAACCAACCAUGUUUAAUCUGUCUGUAAACGUCACCAGUUUUUCCUCUUGGCUUCUGGCUGGGCUGUGUCUCGCAGAAGCUGCUGUCCCUUCCUGGGGCUAGUUUCCGGUUAAUUGUAAGACCUCAUCAAUCUAUGCAUUACGAUGUAAGGUGCCAAAAAGCCUUGCAGUGCAAUCCUUGGCAUGUUUACUCAAAGUAAGUCCCAUUUAUCUCAGUAAGCCUUGCUCCCUCAGUGAGUGUGCAUAGGGUUGGGUUUCAAAUUAGUAAUUGGUUGAAAUGUCUGCUGUCAAAACCAUCUUGGGAAGGUUUUCCCUUAUCCUGCUGUACAGAUGAAUGGAUCCCUGAUCGAGGGGGGGGGGACUGGCAAAAGUGCCGAUAGAAAUCAUGAUUGUUUACAAAUCAGGCAGGAAUGCAUCAAAGGGAAUCUCCUGUUUGGCUGGGCCUCUUGGGGGGGCCCCGACCAUUAUUUUUUUGUAAAGGGACAGAAAGCGUUCGCUGUGCCAUUUCAUGUGCCUGCAAUAACUUUUUGUAUUGUAUAAUGAACAUUCUGGAACUGGGUUGGCUGUCCUGUGUGUGUAGUGAUUUACUCCGAUGUCUCCAGCAGAACGCGAAACUUGACUGCUCUCUUCCCUUGUGGGACCAGUAGAAGCGUUCUGGGGAGCUGUAAAUGUUCCUCUUGACCUAGUUUGGGUUGUUAUAAAUGCAAACAUAUCCAGACCCAUUUUUUGCAGAGGGGGAAAAAAAGGUGGCCUUGUACUUAAAAGACAGUCUUCACUGUGCAAACAUUUUUACAUAAUGGAAGUAUCAUUUGAAUUUCAGGCAAUAAUGUGUUAUGCUUUAAGCCUUAUUGUGGGGAUCAUCAUAGCUUGUUUUUAUUUUAUUUUGUGCUACAGAAUUAACAGUAUUAAAUAUAUUCUUAGAACACACACAGUGUCUUUUGUUAAAAUUAAUGCCUUUUUUGUUUUCUUAGUUUACUUCACUGGAGGUCCCACACCCAGCCAUUGCCCAGUUUGCGUACUCUCAAUAAAACAUGCAUCCAACUUGCA